GAGAUAGGAGCUGUCCUGUCCACACACACACCACCACGCUGGAGGCAAAUGGUGAUGGCAGGAGUCGCAGCUAAGUUGUCCAAAGAGAGAGCUGUAUUAGAAGGGCUUGGCUCCAAUGGGAAAGCAGUGAAGUAUUUAAAUCAGGAUUAUGAGGCUCUGAGGCAGCAGUGCUUGCAGUCUGGCACUCUGUUUAAGGAUGAAGAAUUCCCAGCCAGUCCUUCUGCCCUGGGCUAUAGGGACUUGGGGCCAUAUUCCCCUAAAACGCAGGGUAUUGUCUGGAAGCGACCCACGGAGUUAUGUACCAAUCCUCAGUUUAUAGUUGGAGGAGCCACUCGGACAGACAUUUGCCAAGGGAUCCUGGGUGACUGCUGGCUCCUAGCAGCCAUUGCAUCUCUUACCUUGGAUCAAGAAAUCCUGUAUCGAAUUGUUCCCAAAGAUCAGAGCUUCCAGAAUAACUACGCUGGGAUCUUUCAUUUCCAGUUCUGGCAGUUUGGGGAGUGGGUGGAUGUUAUUGUUGACGACAGGCUGCCCACCAAAAAUGGGCAGCUGCUCUUCCUUCACUCAGAGGAAGGCAAUGAGUUCUGGAGUGCCCUGCUGGAGAAAGCCUAUGCUAAAUUGAAUGGAUCAUAUGAGGCUCUCACAGGAGGCUCCAGUAUAGAAGGGUUUGAGGAUUUCACGGGAGGCAUCGCUGAGUCUUACGAUCUGAGGAAGGCCCCACCAAACCUAUAUCAGAUCAUCCAGAAGGCCCUUCAAACUGGGUCAUUGGUUGGCUGCUCCAUUGAUAUCACCAGUGCAGCUGAAACUGAAGCUAUCACAAGUAAGAAAUUGGUAAAGGGACAUGCUUACUCUCUCACUGGAGCAGAAGAGGUAAACUACCGUGGGCGCCCAGAGAAGCUAGUCAGGAUUAGAAAUCCCUGGGGUGAAGUGGAGUGGACCGGAGCCUGGAGUGAUAAUGCUCCAGAAUGGAAUUAUAUUGAUCCCAAACAAAAACAGGCUCUGGAUAAGCAAGCAGAUGAUGGAGAGUUUUGGAUGGCAUUCUCAGAUUUUCAAAGACAGUUUACACGGCUUGAAAUCUGCAACUUGACUCCUGACACCCUGACGAAUGACAAGGUUCAUAAAUGGGGCCUGACCUUAUUCAAUGGUCAGUGGAGACGGGGUUCUACCGCUGGUGGCUGCCAGAACUAUCCAGUGACAUACUGGACCAAUCCUCAGUUUAAAAUCAAGCUGGAUGAGCCCGAUGAUGAUGAUGAUGAAGGAAGCACUGUGCUGGUGGGCCUUAUGCAGAAGAACCGCAGGAGACAGAAGAAGAUGGGGGAAGGUCUACUCAGUAUUGGCUAUUCUCUCUAUCAGGUCCCUGAAGAGCUGAAAAAUCACACAGAUGUCCAUCUGAGCCGAGAUUUCUUCACAACCCACCGACCAGUAGCCCGGUCUGACACCUAUGUUAACCUGCGCGAAGUCUCCAGCCGUCUCAAACUGCCCCCAGGAGAGUACCUCAUUGUGCCAUCCACAUUCGAGCCUUUCAAAGAUGGAGAGUUCUGCCUUAGAGUUUUCUCUGAGAAACAGGCUAAAACUCAGGAAAUUGGUGAUGUAGUGGCUGCAAAACCAUAUGAGCCUCAUGUUGAUGACAAGGGCAUAGAUAAGGAGUUCAAGAGCCUGUUUCAGAAGCUUUCUGGAGAGGACUGUGAAAUGACAGCAAAUGAACUUCAAACUCUUCUGAAUAGGGUAUUAGCAAAGAGGGCAGACAUUAAAAGUGAUGGAUUCACCAUAAACACCUGUAGAGAGAUGAUCAGUCUCUUAGAUACCAAUGGGACUGGCACCUUGGAUGUUGUAGAAUUCAAGAUACUUUGGCUGAAGAUUCAAAAAUAUUUGGAGAUCUACAAGAAAGUGGAUACGGACUAUUCUGGUACCAUAGAUGCUCAUGAGAUGCGAAAUGCCCUCAAGGAAGCAGGUUUCACUCUCAACAAUAAGGUGCAAAACAUCAUUGCUAUCCGCUACGCCGACAGCAAGAUGACCAUUGACUUUGACGGCUUUGUUGCCUGUAUGAUCCACCUAGAGACCCUCUUCAAAAUGUUCCAGCUCCUAGACAAAGACAAGAAUGGAGUCAUCCAGCUCUCUUUGGCUGAGUGGCUGUCCUGCACAGUGGUUUGAGCCGUUGCAUCUGAAUUGAGCAGAGAUCCCCAUGACUCUUGCAAACGUGUUGUGAUUUUCAUAUGCCUGGAAGCUUGGAAGAUAUUUAUUUCCUGUGUAUCUGAGUGACUCUCAAUCUGCUGCUCCCCUCUUACGGGGAGAAAAAAUUCUCUCUCAAUCACCAGCAACUUAUUUUAAGCCAAAAUGAAAAUAAAAUGACCCCUUGCCAUUUGGAAAACAAACACUGCAAUGAUACUUUAAAAACACACAAACAAAAAACCUUUUCUUUU